AUGGAUGUUAGGCGUAAAGAUCUGGAGUUCGAAAUAGGUGAUAAAGUGUUCCUGAAAGUGGCACUGAUGAAGGGUGUCCUGAGAUUCGGGAAGAAGGGUAAGUUAAGUCUACGUAUUGUAGGGCCAUUCGAGAUCUUGGAGCGGGUCGGCUCUGUGGCUUACCGUUUGGCCUUGCCACCAUCUCUCUCCGCGGUCCAUAAUGUAUUUCAUGUCUCCAUGCUGAGGAAGUAUUUAACGGACCUGUCUCAUGUGGUGGACUUUGAGCCCUUGCAGCUGAAUGAAAACUUGAGUUAUGAGGAGAAGCCCGUGUAA